AUGCAGCCUUUAUCAGGGUUUCGUCUUCCCUUCUCCAGAAGUAUUUUUCGUCAAGGGUUCCUCCAUUCGUCUGAGGGUUUUGUCUUUCAUAUUUCGUCGGCUUUAAAUUACGCCUUUUGCCCUUUAAAUAAAAUGAUUUCACUUAGUAACUAUAAGCAAUACCGUUUUCGAUCUGAUUUUGCGCCGCGCCGCGUAAAAUACAGGAAAGCACACAAAGGGCGAGUACCUGUUCGCACGGGCGGCUCGACUAAGGGCAACACAAUUGUUUAUGGCGAUUACGGCUUACGUGUGAAGGAUGGAGUUCGUUUGUCUUCGAGUCAACUCACAGCGGCUUGGCAAGCCAUCAAGCGCAAGAUAAAAGUCAUUAAGGGCUCGCAAGUAUGGAUGCGCGUAUUUCCGGAUAUUCCUGUUACGAGUAAAGGAAACGAAACCAGGAUGGGAAAAGGGAAAGGUUCAUUAGAAUACUGGGCAUGCAGAGUUCCUUUGAAUAAAAUUGUAUUUGAAGUAGGGGGUGGAGGUAUUCGGAGAGAAGUUGCUAAGGAUGCAUUGAGAUUAGCAUCGGACAAAUUGCCCGUAAAAACAGAGUUUGUGGAAUGCCCGAAAAUCAUCGUCACUGGUAG